AUGACAAACCAAAAUCACGAAAUAAUGGUUGUGAAUGACAAUUGUGAAGUGGCAGCUGGAAACGGAAAGCAACAUGUUCUGUUGACACCAACCUUGUCUCCUCAGCUGUCUAGUAAUGAACCUAAGGAGCAAGACUCUGUCAGUGAAAAUUGCGAAAUAAAUGAUGAUAAAAAAUCGGUUAUUACAUCUCAAUGUAGUAUGUGGAAAAUCAAUGACACUUUGGAAAUAAAAAAUAAACGAAAAUCUGAAAUUCCUCAUAACCUUGACUUACCUCCAACUCCUACUUUCGCACCUUCUUCCUAUUGUGACAACAAUUCCCCAACUUCCUCACCAUGCUUUUCAUCUUAUUUUGAUAUUUAUCAAACUACAUUCGAUACAUCUAUUUCCUGUUCCGAGGGUAAUUUACCUAUUGAUUCGCCUGACACACCACCUUUAUCUCCACCAGGAUCGCCUUCAAUUGUUGAAUCAUCUUGUUCACCAAAGUCUCCUGAUUCCGUGCUUAAUUCCCCAUCACUUCCUUUACUUCCAUUACUUAGUAAUUUAGAACAACGUCACACGGCAAAUCGUCUGCGAAGAGUUUCGUUCAAUAAAACCGUAACAUUUAUACCUCAUAUCCCACCCCCAUCAAACAAAAUUCGAAAAAAGCUCACUAGAGAGGCAAGUUUAAGACAAAAAGAUCUUAUUGUCGAAGUUGAAGAUUUGGGUAAAGUUAGGUUAGAUGGUAAAAAUGGUCGUGUUAUAAAAAUUGAACCUAAUGUUUUUCCAGGACCGUUGAAUGGAGAAUAUGGACAAUGUGGUGUCAUGUUGAAAGAUGUUUCAAUGGAAAUUUCUUCACUGAAUACUUCAAAAAAUUGUGACAGUAAUGAAGAAGAUGAUGAUGUAUUAUACAUUACGGCCGUACCUAUUGUUGAAAAGGAUAAAAAGUUACGCCUUGGAAAACAUUUCAAGCGAUAUUAUAAUAAAUUAGUUCAAUAA